UGGCUUGAUGGCCAACUGAGUGUAAACAGGAGAAGAGUUCAAAGUCUGGAUGACCGGAGCUCGGAGUUUCUGAUGAGGACAACGAGUGUGCCGGCUUGUGCAACAGCUUCCUCCAGAAUAGACUCCUUGUUAUGUAAUGACAAGGUGCUGCUCUCAGUGUCAGCGUUAAGCUUUGACAAAGCAAAUAACCCAAAUCCCAAUUUUUACAGCAGCUUUUCUCUAGCUGUCUGUAACUGCUCCCUAACUUCUGAGGUGUUGGAGAUAAAGCAUCAAGCAGUUGUGGUCCAGGGAGCUCAGCAGAGCUGGGCAUCGUAUACCCAACCUGCAGAGCUUCUUGAUGUUCUGGAAAGCCAACAAGCACAUCUGAGCAUUCUGCAGGGCAGGGAAAGAUGGGAUGGUCUCUAACCUCAGUUCCAGGCAGCCACAGUUGGUGAGGAAGUGAACGUAGCACCCUAACUGGUGAAGGAAAUAGCUGAAUGUAUGCAGUGCAAAUGUCUACAGAGGUGGUGUGUCUUGUAGAGAGAGAAAUGCCACAGGGUGAUGUCCAUAAGGACAAAAGAAAGGAUGGCAUGCAGGGGGCCCUGUUUCAGAAAGGAUUCUUCCAUUUUUUUUCUUGUUUACCUUCCCUAUUAGCAGUUGUCCUUAUCUCUGUGUUGUAGAGAAAUGCUGCCUUUUGGGAAUAAACAGAUGGGAAUUCAUGAAGUUGGAUGCAGUCCAAGGGGUAGCUGCUGGAAAAUCUGCUGGUGUGUGUAGCCUGAGACUGCAGGAUCAAGAAGGUCUUCAGCUGGUGCAUGGGGGCAUCACAGCCUGCUAAACUGCAGACAGAGCAAAAGUCAUGUUAACCUGACUGUCGUGAGAGCCAAGUUUGAUCCUGCAGUCACAGAAGAGUUGCAUCGAGGUGGCGCGAAGCCAGCUGCUGUGUUAUUUUCAGCACUGUAGCGCUCACCAUGGUCAAUGAGAACCAGCAUACCUGCAGUGCCAGCUCCAGCUCCAAGUCCGAUGGCGGCAGCAGCAGUGGGAGUGAGAGCUCCAAGGACAGCUCACGCUGCUCCACUCCUGUCCUCGAUGCCGAGCGUCACGAGCGACUGCGGGAGAAGAUGCGGCGACGGCAGGACUCUGGGGACAGGUGGUUCUCCCUGGAGUUCUUCCCUCCACGCACAGCCAACGCUGCUGUCAAUCUCAUCUCCAGGUUUGACCGCAUGGCAGCAGGUGGUCCUCUCUUCAUUGAUGUGACGUGGCAUCCUGCAGGGGACCCAGGAUCUGACAAGGAAACCUCCUCCAUGAUUAUUGCCAACACUGCAGUCAACUACUGUGGCCUGGAGACCAUCCUUCACAUGACGUGCUGCAAUCAGACCAAGGAUGACAUCACAGGGCACCUGCAGAAGGCCAAACGGCUGGGGCUGAAGAACAUCAUGGCACUGCGUGGAGAUCCUGUUGGUGAGGAAUGGGAGGAAGAAGUACACGGAUUCAAUCAUGCUGUUGACCUGGUUAAGCACAUUCGCAGUGAAUUUGAUGAUUACUUUGACAUCUGUGUGGCAGGCUACCCCAAGGGUCAUCCUGAAGCAGAGAGCUAUGAGGCAGACCUGAAGCACCUGAAGGAGAAAGUUCUUGCUGGAGCAGACUUCAUCAUUACACAGCUUUUCUUCCGACCAGAAACCUUUCUUAAGUUCAUGAAGGACUGUCAAGCCAUUGGCAUUACCUGCCCCAUUAUUCCUGGCAUCUUCCCCAUACAGGGUUACCACUCUCUGCGCCAGCUGGUGAAGCUCUCCAAACUGGAAGUGCCCCAGGAAAUCAAAGAUGUGAUUGAACCCAUCAAGGAUAACGAUGCAGCUAUCCGGAAUUAUGGGGUGGAGCUGGCAGUGUCCAUGUGCCGGGAGCUGCUGGACAGUGGCCUGGUGCAUGGGCUCCAUUUUUACACCCUCAAUCGGGAAGUGGCUACUACUGAAGUCCUCAAGCGCCUUGGCAUUUGGAAUGAGGACCCUAGGCGACCUCUGCCUUGGGCAGUCAGUGCUCACCCCAAGAGAAGAGUUGAAGAUGUUCGGCCAAUCUUUUGGGCCUCUAGGCCAAAAAGCUACAUCUAUCGAACUCAAGAGUGGGAUGAUUUCCCCAACGGUCGAUGGGGUAACUCCUCUUCUCCAGCCUUUGGGGAGCUGAAGGACUAUUAUCUCUUCUACCUGAAGAGCAAGUCUCCCCGUGAGGAGCUCCUGAAGAUGUGGGGAGAAGAACUGACUGGUGAGGAAAGCGUCUUUGAGGUUUUCACAUGUUACAUCACCGGAGAGCCCAACAAGAAUGGACACAGGGUUACCUGUAUGCCCUGGAACGAUGACCCUCUUGCUACUGAGACCAGCCUUCUGAAGGAGCAGCUGGAGAAGGUCAACAGACGAGGAAUCCUGACUAUUAACUCCCAGCCAAACAUCAAUGGCAAACCCUCCACAGACCCCAUUUUUGGCUGGGGACCUAGUGGAGGUUAUGUCUUCCAAAAGGCAUACCUAGAGUUCUUCACCUCCAGUGAGAUCGUCACAGCACUGCUCAAAGUGUUGAAGAAGUACGAGUUGCGGGUGAACUACCACAUUGUCAACGUCAAGGGCCAGAAUAUCACCAACGCUCCUGACCUGCAACCCAAUGCUGUUACCUGGGGCAUCUUUCCAGGCAGGGAGAUAAUCCAGCCCACCGUGGUAGACCCUGUAAGCUUCCUUUCCUGGAAGGAUGAGGCCUUUGCUCUGUGGAUUGAGCAGUGGGCCAAGCUCUACGAAGAGGAGUCGCCCUCUCGCAUGAUCAUCCAAUACAUCCACGACAAUUAUUAUUUGGUCAACCUGGUGGACAAUGACUUCCCACUUGAGAACUGCCUCUGGCAGGUUGUGGAUGAUACUUUUGAGCUGUUGAACUCUCCACCUCAGCAGUGAAAAACUCAUUGUCUACUCCCUUAGUUCUCCCUUCCAUCUGCUGACUGCAAGGAGAGAAAAAGCAGCUCCUUUCAGAAUGCUGGACCAGAGGCUCCUAAACCCAGUCAGCAUUGCUGCUCAGAGUCAGGCAACUCUGAUCAACCCCCAUUACAAGCUCUUCUAUCCCGACAAAAAUGUUCCUUAUCCCUUUCCACUGAACAGUAGCCAGAAGAACCACCUGUACUUCUGAGCUGAGGUUCUCGAGCUUGAACGCCAGCUCUGCAGGAUGGAGGGGUGCUCACCAUGGUUAUGUUGAUCACAGCUUGUAGGAGAAACCUUGCACACCAAUGUGAUACAGCUCAGUGGAAGUCUGGCAACUUUCUUCUGCAAGGUAUGCUGCUUUGGGGACAGAAACACUCCUGUCAAUAACAUCUAUGCAAGGAAGUUGAUGCAGCAGCUAUCAACCAUAAAAAGAAGCUCAAACUGCUUUUACUUUGCACUCCAAAGAUGUAUUGUAUCAUGACUAAUAUCAGACUCUUUUUGUGCUCACUCCAGAAGAAGGUUUAAUCUUUCCUAACUUUUCCUCUUAGCUGUACUUCCUGAUUUUUAGGGUUUUUUUUUAAUGGGAAUAUGAAUUCCACUUCUGGAUGUGAUCAAAUAGGAAUCACUCUACUUAAAUGUACAAUAAACUACAUGUAUACAAG